GAAAUGCUUGCAAAGAUAAUUAAUAAAUUACGCAAUGGAUAUAUGGUAUAUCAUUUUGGAGUUUCUUUUAAAGAAGUUGGCUUUUGUACUAAAUUUUUAGAUAUCCUUUGGAAAGAAAAUUUAAUACGUGGCUAUAAAAAAACAGAUAAGGGUACUCUUACUAUUUUUUUAAGGUACCAUGAUGGUUCUCCAAUAUGUACUCGGUUAGUUAUUCUUUCCAAGCCGUGCGAUCGUCUUUAUCUUUCGUUAUUAGAUCUUUCUCGGGUAUCGGAUAAUUUUGGUACAUUAAUAGUCUCAACAACUAAAGGUAUCAUGACAUCAGAAAAAGCUAUAAGCAAGGGAGAAGGCGGUGAAAUUUUAGCAUACGUUGGAUGACAACUCCAGUAUUUAGAUUACCAAUAGGAGUUAAGUGUUCAAGUAAUAAUGGUAAAGUUUAUGUAUCAGGUAAUAAAGGAAGAGUCGUCUUUGAUUCUGUUAGUAAUCUUCAUCGUAAGGGUGAUAUGGUCAUUUUUUCACCUUACUUAACACCUUACUAUAGUUCUAUUUUUAGGCAAGCAGUUCAAGGUGUAGUUUUGGGCUAUACCAUAGAAUUAAGUCUUAAAGGUAUUGGUUACCGGGUAAGAAAAGAAGAAGAAAAACUCAUUUUUUUUUUAGGUUAUAGUAAACCUGUUAUAUUAGAUAUUCCUAAAGAUAUUUCAAUCAGGUUUAAUAAAAAAACUUUUUCUUUAAUUUCUGCUAAUUAUGGUACAUUACAAAAUUUUGCAAGUAGUAUAAGAAGCUACCGGUUCCCAGACUCUUAUAAAGGAGCUGGAGUUAUUUAUGCAGAUGAAAUAAUAGUAUGCAAAGAAGGUAAAAAAACUUAAUGUUCAAUAAAAAGCAUUCACGUCUUUUUUCUCUUUUUAUUGGCUCUUCUGGUUAUUUAGUUCCUUUUCCACGGAAUGAGUACUCUCAAAUUUCAAAAACUUUGCAUCCUUUUCUUUUAGGUAAACGAAAUAUUUAUUCUUUUUAUGAUCUUGAAAAAAGUUUAUAUGGUAUUCGUGCAACGAUAGAAGUCUUAAAAAAUAUAAUAUCUAGUGAGGGUAAAAUCCUUUUUAUCGGUAAUGAAGUUUCAAUGCAAUCUCGUUUUGGACAGGAUUCUAGCAUAAAUUUUCUAAAAUGGGAAAGAGGUUCUAUAACAAAGUCAAAAGAUGCAGAUUUAGUACUUUUAACAAGCGUAGAAAAAGAAAAUUUAGUGGAGGCUCAUAGAAAAUGUUUAUUACUUGUGGGUGUUGGAAGUUCUACUAUGAGUAGAAUAUCGUAUCCUUUAAUUUAAAUAUUGAAUCUCCUUUUUUAUCUGAUUGGUUUUUUGGUACUGUAUAUACAAGUUGUGUUCAAGGUAAACGAAUGUCAAAAGGGUCU